CUUGUGACUGGGGUUUUGUUCAUGAUCACUCCACUGCUCUUCUCUCAAUUGACCCACGAAAUUUGCCGUUGAGACCAUCAAACUCCCCCAAACAUGGUCGCAAAUUCUACUGGACGUGAGGGUAGCGCGCUAAAGUCGCGUAAGCGCGCUGCUGACUCCGAGUCGGAACCGCUGUUGAAACAGGGUCAGCCAUUCCCUAAGCAGCCUCGCAUCAGCUCACAGUUGGACACGACAAGAUGGAGGCUCAAGGACGAUGACAGCCGUCACACAUGGCACUACCUUGAGAACGACGAUGAUGCGAAGGAGUGGCCACAGAGCUAUGCUGAGAAAUGGUACCUGAAUUUGCCUAUGGAUCUCCCUGACCUUCCCACCCCCGAUAACCCAUUGGCAGCCGCGGAGAACGGUCUCGACUUUUUCGAAAAGCUUCAACUUCCCAGCGGGCAUUGGGGUUGCGAAUAUGGCGGUCCUAUGUUCCUCCUCCCCGGUAUCGUCAUGACCUGGUAUGUCACCAGGACGCCAAUUUCCUCCGCCAAAGCGACCGCGAUCUAUAACUACGUAUCCGCACGAGCGCACCCAGAGGACGGUGGCUGGGGUCUACAUAUUGAAGGCGAGAGCAGCGUCUUCGGAACACUGAUGAAUUAUGUGGCCCUUCGACUUGUCGGUGUCGACCCUGAGGACCCAGUUCUGGUUAAGGCUAGAGGAACUCUACACAAGAUGGGAGGAGCAUUGUAUGCGCCACACUGGGCCAAGUUCUGGAUGGCUAUUUUGGGAGUCAUGAGCUGGGAUAUCGUCAACCCUGUGCCACCAGAGUUUUGGCUGCUUCCUGAUUGGGUUCCCUUUGCGCCAUGGAGAUGGUGGAUUCAUAUUCGAAUGGUGUUCCUGCCAAUGGGCUGGCUAUACUCGAGACGGUGGAGCUGCGAAGAGACCGAUGUGAUUCGAUCACUGAAGAAAGAAGUAUUCCUUGAGGAUUAUGCCAAGAUAAACUGGUCAAGCCAUCGCAACAGCAUUGGUGUUGUGGACAAUUAUCACCCCAAAUCAUGGUUGCUCAAUGCGGCCAACUGGGUGCUUGCCAAUAUCUGGAUGCCCUAUAUGCGACCCAAUUUCCUAAAAGAGAAAGCUGAAGCAUGGGCCAGCAAGCAAGUCGAUAUGGAGGAUGCCAAUACGGGCUAUGCCUGCUUAGCCCCCGUCAAUGCUUCUAUGAACACCGUUCUGUGCUAUGCUCGCGAUGGCCCUGAUGACUAUGGCGUCAAGAGGCAUAUCGAGCGACUUGAAGAGUAUCUAUGGGUCAAGGACGAGGGCAUGUUGGCUAACGGCACCAAUGGUGUACAAUGCUGGGACACGGCAUUCUUGAUUCAGGCUGUUUUUGAGGCUGGUCUUCACAAGAACGAAAAGUACCGACCCAUGCUCAUGAAGUCACUACACUACUUGGAACGUCAGCAGAUUCGAGAGGACUGUGUCGAUCAGGAAGUGUGCUAUCGUCAACCCCGAAAGGGUGGCUGGCCAUUCAGCAAUAGGGAUCAGGGCUACGGUGUCAGUGAUUGCAUUUCGGAAGCACUCAAGGCUAUUAUCCUUCUACAGAAGGUGGGUGGCCUUCCUGAGGUUCUUGAAGAUCGACGUCUUUUCGACGCUGUCGACACUUUGCUCCUGUACCAGAACGACAAUGGUGGCAUGUCCUCAUACGAGAAGCGACGAGGAGGCGAGUGGUUGGAGAUGCUCAAUGCCGCUGAGGUAUUUGGUCGUAUCAUGAUUGAAUACGACUACCCUGAAUGCACAACAGCUUGCGUGACAGCUCUAUCCAUGUUCAACAAGCACUGGCCAGACUAUCGAACAGACGAGGUCAGGACACUUAUCCGGACGGCCGCCGAAUGGAUCAAGUCCAACCAAGGACCUGAUGGCAGCUGGUACGGAAGCUGGGGUAUCUGCUUCACAUACGCUGGUAUGUUUGCGCUUGAAAGCAUGAAACACAUCGGCCAGACAUACGCAACAGGCGAGAACUCUAGACGUGGUUGCGAUUUCUUCAUCUCCAAGCAGAGAGCUGAUGGCGGAUGGUCAGAAAGCUACAAGGCCUGCGAAACGAUGGAAUACGUCGAGCAUCCUUCAGGCUCCCUCGUUGUCCAAACAGCCUGGGCUCUGAUCGGACUGAUGGAAGCUGAGUAUCCUCAUGUGGAACCCUUGAGACGAGGCAUCCAGUUCAUCAUGGACCGUCAGAAGCCCAACGGAGAGUGGUUGCAGGAGGCCAUCGAGGGUGUCUUCAACAAGUCAUGCAUGAUCUCGUACCCCAAUUAUAAGUUCACUUUCACCAUCAAGGCCCUGGGCAUGUUUGCGAAAAGGUUUCCUGAGGAGAAGCUUGUACCAACCUGGGCUGUGGCGCAGAAUGGAACGAACGGAGUGAAGACGAAUGGUGUCAAGACAGUAGAGGUAAAGGUGAAUGGCGUAAAGCCAAACGGUGUCAAGACCAACGGUGUCAAGGGCAAGGUAUCUAAAAACUAGACGGAUAGAUACACAUGAUGCAUGAAUACUAAGGUACCUAAGAUACAACGAGAAGGCGGCUGUCAAAUUCAAGCCCUCGAAAGUAAUUUUAAUCACGAAUACAUCAAGAACAUGCGUUUCAGACGCCUGCAUGACUACCUACUGUC